AAGAAAACAAAACGGAAAAAGACAGGGAGAAGAAGAAAGAUGGAGAUGGUGGUGGUUUUAUUAUUAUUUUAUUAACAUAGUGUAAGCUUCGUCUUAUAUUUUUUCUAUAAUGUUGACCUUAAGAAGAAAGUGACAAGGAUAAAAAAAAUAAUUGGAGGAAAAAAAGUUGGAAUUGUUUUUCAAUAAAUUGGGUAGUUUAAAGGAAGUGAAGAGCGGUUUUGGUAGUGGUGGUGGUCGAGAAAGGAGAGAGCAUUUUUUUUCCUUCUGCGAUCAGAUUCCUCAGAGUGAGAUCAAUUAAGCGGGAAAGAUAUUUAUAUUGCCAUGGGAGAAGAAGAUGAGCUGUCUCACCACAAAUUCACCCUUCUGCUCGAAUCAGCAGCCUGCAAUGACCUCUCCGGCUUCAAGUCUCUAAUUGAAGAAGAGGGUCUCGAGAACAUUGAUCGGUCUGGCUUAUGGUAUGGGAGGAGGUUAGGAACAAAGAAGAUGGGAUUUGAAGAGAGGACACCUCUUAUGAUCGCUGCCUUGUUUGGAAGCAAAGAGAUCGUUGAUUACAUAAUCACCACCGGUCUUGUUGAUGUAAACCGCUCUUGCGGCUCUGAUGGUGCAACAGCGCUUCACUGCGCGGUCUCCGGCUUGUCCGCGAAUAGCCUCGAGGUCGUUACUCUUCUCCUGAACGCUUCCGCUGAUCCGGAUUGUCGUGAUGCGUGUGGUAACAAGCCUGUAGAUGUGAUGUUCCCGAGUGUGUGUCCUGUUUUUAGCUCGAGGAAGAAGGUUUUAGAGAGGUUGUUGAAAGGAAGUAAUGAUUUGAAUGAAGCUGAUACGCAAGAGCAAGAGGUUGAGGUUGAAUUCUCCCUUUCGCCUCCGAGGAAGGAGUAUCCGAUUGAUCCGACUCUUCCCGAUAUCAAGAACGGUAUCUACGGAACAGAUGAGUUCCGUAUGUACGCGUUCAAAAUCAAACCAUGUUCCAGAGCAUACUCACACGAUUGGACCGAGUGUCCUUUCGUUCAUCCAGGUGAGAACGCGAGGAGGCGUGAUCCUCGUAAGUAUCAUUACAGCUGUGUCCCUUGCCCCGAGUUCCGUAAAGGUUCUUGCUCUAGAGGCGAUUCUUGCGAGUAUGCACACGGUAUCUUCGAGUGCUGGCUUCACCCUGCUCAGUACAGGACACGUCUCUGCAAGGACGAGACGAAUUGCUCGAGAAGAGUUUGUUUCUUUGCGCACAAACCUGAUGAGCUACGUCCUUUGUAUCCUUCAACAGGCUCUGGUGUUCCUUCUCCACGGUCUUCCUUCUCUUCUGACAUGGGACCGAUAAGUCCACUUCCUCCGUUGAGUCCUAACGGUGUUGUACUAACCACACCUCCUUUGAGUCCUAACGGUGUCCCUUCUCCUAUAGGUAGCGGGAAGCCGUGGAUGAACUGGCCUAUCGCUUCCCCUCCUACGUUGCAUCUUCCACGGAGCAGGCUCAAGUCCGCGUUGAACGCCAGAGAGAUCAAUUUCUCUGAGGAGAUUCAUAAAAGCCUUUCUUCUCCAGGUAGAUGGAAUAACAACAACAACAACAACAACACAGCUGCUUCACCUCCUUUCUCUGGAAAUGGUAUGAACAGGCUUGCGAGUGGAGGAAUAAGCCCGGUUCAUAGCUUAAGUGAUAUGUUCGGGGCUAACAGUCUCUCGUCAUCACCUGUGGGAGCUAAUUAUCAGUUCUCAAUGGAUUCAAGAGCGGCUGCAUUUGCUAAACAGAGAAGCCAGAGCUUCAUAGAACGCAACAGUCAACACCAUCCCGUGACUCCUACUUGUCUGGAUGAUUGGGGCUCGUUGGAUGGAAAACUUGACUGGAGUGUCAAUGGAGAUGAGUUACAAGAGCUUAGGAACUCUACUUCUUUCCGUCUCAGAGCUGGUAGCAUUGAAUCAAGAAUGCAUAUGGAAGGAGCCGAGCUAGAGGAACCAGAUGUCUCUUGGGUGGAGCCGUUGGUGAAAGAGCCACAGGAGACGAGGGUAGCUCCGGUUUGGAUGGAGCAGUCAUACAUGGAGACAGAACAGACCGUUGCUUGA